AUGCCACAUCGGGGGAAACACCUGCUUCCAGAGCAUGUUACAGCCACACAGCUGCCUUCAACAGCUAGACCCAAUGACCGACAGCAAGAUUUCAAGAAUGUGUUUCAAGAACACCAGACCCUCAAGGAGAAGGAGCUCGAAACGGGACCCAAAGCCUCGCACGGCUACGGAGGUAAGUUUGGUGUGGAGCAGGACAGAAUGGACAAAUCAGCUGUCGGCCAUGAGUAUCAGUCGAAGCUUUCCAAGCACUGCUCGCAGGUCGACUCUGUCCAGGGGUUUGGAGGCAAGUUUGAUGUCCAGGUGGACAGAGUUGAUCAGUCUGCUGUGGGCUUUGAGUACCAGGGGAAAACUGAGAAACACGCCUCGCAGAAAGACUACUCGAGAGGCUUCGGCGGCAAGUUCGGCGUGCAGUCUGACCGCGUGGACAAGAGCACCGUGGGCUUCGACUACCAGGGCAAGACGGAGAAGCACGAGUCGCAGAGAGCUUACUCCAAAGGUUUUGGUGGCAAAUACGGCAUCGACAAGGACAAGGUGGACAAGAGCGCGGUUGGCUUUGAGUAUCAGGGCAGAACCGAGAAGCACGAGUCCCAGAAAGACUACGUGAAAGGCUUUGGAGGGAAGUUCGGUGUGCAGACAGACAGACAGGACAAGUGUGCCCUUGGCUGGGAUCACCAGGAGAAGCUGCAUCUGCACGAAUCCCAAAAAGACUACUCCAGAGGCUUCGGUGGGAAGUACGGGGUGCAGAAGGACCGGAUGGAUAAGAACGCUUCCACCUUUGAGGACGUUGCCACGGUGGCCUCCACUUACCAGAAGACUAUCCCUGUCGAAGCAGUGAGCAGCAAAACCAGUAACAUCAGAGCUAACUUUGAAAACCUGGCGAGGGAGAAGGAGCACGAGGACAGGCGGAAGGCGGAGGCAGAGGCGGAGCGGGCGCAGAGGAUGGCGAAGCAGCAGCGGGAACAGGAGGCGGCGCGCAGGCAGCCGGAUGAGCAAGCCCGGGCCCAGAAGCCCACACCCCCCGCGUCGCCCACGCCCCAGCUGGCCCAGGAGAGGCCGCCUUCGAGCCCCGUCUACGAGGCCGCGUCUCCGAUUCAGGCGGAGCCGAGCUACACCGGUGAGCCUGAGCCGGUGUACAGCACGGAGGCCACCGAGUACCAGGAGGCCUAUGCCCCAGAGGCCGUCUACGAAAGCACAGAGGCCCCGGGCCACUACCAAGCAGAGGAGGGCGCCUACGGGGACUAUGAAAACGACCUGGGGAUCACAGCCGUCGCCCUCUACGACUACCAGGCUGCGGGCCAUGAUGAGAUCUCCUUCGACCCCGACGACAUCAUCACCAACAUCGAGAUGACUGACGAUGGCUGGUGGCGCGCGCUGUGCAAGGGCAGGUACGGGCUCUUCCCUGCCAACUACGUGGAGCUGCGGCAGUACGUAGCUGGCCACGCCCUCGCUGUAGCUGGCCACGCCCUCGCUGUAGCUGGCCACGCCCUCGCCGUCUGUGGCCACGCCUGCCUUCUGGUGUUUUCUUCAGGGUGCCGAGGGGAGUAUGCAUACUGCUUUUCUAUUUAAUACUUUUGCUGAUGCUUUUGAAAAUGUUUACGCCACAGAACUUGCU